CCGGCUGCUGCCACCGCAAUCCCGGCUCCUAAAUCAGCGCGGGGAGGCGCUCCCUCCCCUCGCCCGGCUCCCCGGGCUCCCUGGGCCGCGAUUGGCCGCACGGGCGCCCCCCAACCCGGGCCCCCGGCUCCAGCUGCCGCGCCAUUGGCUGCGGGCCUCCGCCAGCCUUUACAUAAGCCCGGGCGCGCUCGAGUGGAGUUGUAUAAAGCGAGCGCGCGGCGUCGGGGCGGGAGGCUCGAGGCCAGCCCGGGACCGGGGCUGGGAGCUAGCAGGCGGCGGCGCCGGCGGCAGAGGCGGCAGCGAGCGCCCGCUUCCCACGCCCCCAGGCGGCGGGGCCGAGAGCGGGAGGAUGGCUCCGAGCGCUGACCCCGGCAUGUCCAGGAUGUUCCUGCUGCUGCUCUGGUUUCUGCCUAUCACUGAGGGGUCCCAGCGGGCUGAACCCAUGUUCACUGCAGUCACCAACUCAGUUCUGCCCCCUGACUAUGACAGUAAUCCCACCCAGCUCAACUAUGGUGUGGCAGUUACUGAUGUGGACCAUGAUGGGGACUUUGAGAUCGUCGUGGCAGGGUACAAUGGCCCCAACCUGGUUCUGAAGUACGACCGGGCCCAGAAGCGGCUGGUGAACAUCGCAGUCGACGAGCGCAGCUCACCCUACUACGCGCUGCGGGACAGGCAGGGGAACGCCAUCGGGGUCACAGCCUGCGACAUCGACGGCGAUGGCCGGGAGGAGAUCUACUUCCUCAACACCAAUAACGCCUUCUCAGGGGUGGCCACAUACACCGACAAGUUGUUCAAGUUCCGCAAUAACCGGUGGGAAGACAUUCUGAGUGAUGAGGUCAACGUGGCCCGUGGGGUGGCCAGCCUCUUUGCCGGACGUUCUGUGGCCUGUGUGGACAGAAAGGGCUCUGGACGCUACUCUAUCUACAUUGCCAAUUACGCCUAUGGUAAUGUGGGCCCUGAUGCCCUCAUUGAAAUGGACCCUGAGGCCAGUGACCUCUCCCAGGGCAUUCUGGCUCUCAGAGAUGUGGCUGCUGAGGCUGGGGUCAGCAAAUAUACAGGGGGCCGAGGCGUCAGCGUGGGCCCCAUCCUCAGCAGCAGUGCCUCAGAUAUCUUCUGCGACAACGAGAAUGGGCCUAAUUUCCUUUUCCACAACCGGGGCGAUGGCACCUUUGUGGACGCUGCGGCCAGUGCGGGUGUGGACGACCCCCACCAGCAUGGGCGAGGUGUCGCCCUGGCUGACUUCAACCGUGAUGGCAAAGUGGACAUCGUCUAUGGCAACUGGAAUGGCCCCCACCGCCUCUAUCUGCAGAUGAGUGCCCAUGGGAAGGUCCGCUUUCGGGAUAUCGCCUCGCCCAAGUUCUCCAUGCCCUCCCCUGUCCGCACAGUCAUCACCGCUGACUUUGACAAUGACCAGGAGCUGGAGAUCUUCUUCAACAACAUCGCCUACCGCAGCUCCUCAGCCAACCGCCUCUUCCGCGUCAUCCGUAGGGAGCACGGAGACCCCCUCAUCGAGGAGCUCAAUCCUGGGGACGCCUUGGAGCCUGAGGGCAGGGGCACAGGGGGUGUGGUGACCGACUUCGAUGGAGACGGGAUGCUGGACCUCAUCUUGUCCCAUGGAGAGUCCAUGGCUCAGCCGCUGUCCGUCUUCCGGGGCAAUCAGGGCUUCAACAACAACUGGCUGCGAGUGGUGCCACGCACCCGGUUUGGGGCCUUUGCCAGGGGGGCUAAGGUCGUGCUCUACACCAAGAAGAGCGGGGCCCACCUGAGGAUCAUCGACGGUGGCUCAGGCUACCUGUGCGAGAUGGAGCCCGUGGCACACUUUGGCCUGGGGAAGGAUGAAGCCAGCAGUGUGGAGGUGACGUGGCCAGAUGGCAAGAUGGUGAGCCGGAACGUGGCCAGCGGAGAGAUGAACUCGGUGCUGGAGAUCCCCUACCCCCGGGAUGAGGACACACUUCAGAACCCAGCCCCACUGGAGUGCGGCCAAGGAUUCUCCCAGCAGGAAAAUGGCCAUUGCAUGGACACCAAUGAAUGCAUCCAGUUCCCAUUCGUGUGCCCUCGAGACAAGCCCGUAUGUGUCAACACCUAUGGAAGCUACAGGUGCCGGACCAACAAGAGGUGCAGUCGGGGCUAUGAGCCCAACGAGGAUGGCACAGCCUGUGUGGCUCAAGUGGCCUUUUUAGGUGGGUAUUCUUCCGCCGCCUUUAGAAUCUCUGAGCCUCUCUCUCGGGCCUCAUAUCUUUCUCUAGGCCUUGGACUUUGCCUUCAGUUAUAUGCACUUUAAAUCCCAUCAAUAAAGGAAAAAACAAAACAAAACUAACAGCCUUUGUGGAAAACUAAAUCUCUCUCCUGCUGCCUGUCUCUCUCUCUCCACACCCAGUAGAUUCUGCUGCGUGCUCCCUCUGAAUGGACAACAGGGGUGGCCAUCUUUGAAAAGGGAAGGUUGGGAUACUGACGCAACCUUAGUUGUUUGUGAAGACUUUCUUUGCAUGUUUUCUGAGAAAACAGAAAGGAAAGUCUCCCCAUUACCCCAUCCAGCCUCCCUCACUCCUUCAGAAGAAUCAAGAUAGUCUUGUAUCCUCCAGUGUGGUGUGAGCUCCUUAUUUUGCCCUUAACAAAGAUGGCUCCCAGGUGGUUGCUUGCUGGUUGAUCUGAUAAUGUACCAUGUGCCUGCUGAUUUGGCCUGUGCUGUUUCUGCUUUUUGCCCCUGACUUCCUGUGCUAGAGAAAGCCUUAUUGGUGUUGGUGGUGGUGAUGGGAAGGAAAAGGGUGGUCCUUUGGGACUCUUGAUAAAAAUGCUAUCAUUUGAACUUGCUAAGCCUUCCAGCCUCUUUUAUGAAGAUAUUAUGCCAAUAAACUCUCCACUAGAUAUUAGUGCCAAGCUGGUGAUAAAAAAGGUCUGGGGCAAGUAGAACUGAUUGGAAUGCUGAAUUAGGAGCAGCCCUUCCACCAUGGGAUGCUUUGAAAGCAGAUCAUAACACAAAGCAGGUAUCACCCUCAGGCACCAGCAGUGGCUGGUUGUGUACAACACUGUUCACAUUUGGGGGACCAGGGUUUGGGCCAAGUGAAGGAUGUGUGAUGAGUAAGGGGCAGAAAUGGAGUAUGUACUCUAGGCCUUUUACCUGCAGGAAGUCACUUCUCCAUGCUGGGCCUCAGUUUCCCUAAUGUAGAUGACAAAAGAGUUGGGCUGGUAUAUCCCUAAGGGCCUUUCCUUUCUAAGACUCCUUAAUGUCUGGCUGGACAUAGGCAUGGCUCAUCUCAGUUUACUCUGAUUUCUAGAAAGAACCUUGCUGCUUGGUCUCUGUAUUCUGCUUGGAAAAUAGAACACUCCUGUAGCCAGAACACCCUUUGGGAAUGAUGUAACACCAUAGAAUGUGCUCACGACCAGCCUCGGUAGUGAAGGCUUGUUAUAAAACAUAGAUCUAUUCUUCAUGGGGAAAAAAAGUCAUCCCAGGAUAUAAUAAAAUUACACUUAAGAAUGCAGGAACCCUUUAAAAAACAUAUUUAACAAACAAACAAAAAAAAAAAACCCUGCCAUUUUCUGAUAUCAUAGUAAUACUCCUAAUAAAUCACAAAAUAUGAA